AUGGAAGGCAAAGAAGAAGAUGUUAGAGUGGGAGCUAACAAGUUCCCGGAGAGGCAACCCAUCGGCACAUCUGCUCAGUCCACCGAGAAGGACUACAAAGAGCCACCUCCUGCACCGCUGUUCGAGCCUGGCGAGCUGAGCUCAUGGUCUUUCUACAGGGCCGGAAUCGCCGAGUUCAUAGCCACUUUCCUCUUUCUCUACAUCACAGUGUUGACAGUGAUGGGAGUGAAGAGAGCACCAACCAUGUGUGCCUCUGUUGGGAUCCAAGGCAUCGCUUGGGCUUUUGGUGGCAUGAUCUUUGCUCUUGUCUACUGUACUGCUGGAAUUUCAGGUGGACACAUCAACCCUGCUGUAACAUUCGGUCUGUUCUUGGCUCGGAAGCUGUCUCUGACCCGUGCUGUGUUCUACAUAAUAAUGCAGUGUCUUGGAGCCAUCUGUGGUGCCGGAGUCGUCAAGGGUUUCCAGCCAAAGCAGUACCAGACUCUCGGUGGAGGUGCCAACGGUGUCGCUGACGGCUACAGCAAAGGUUCUGGCCUUGGUGCUGAAAUCAUCGGAACAUUCGUUCUUGUCUACACCGUAUUCUCCGCCACCGACGCCAAGAGAAGCGCCCGUGACUCACACGUCCCGAUAUUGGCACCACUCCCUAUCGGAUUUGCAGUGUUCUUGGUGCACUUGGCGACAAUUCCAAUAACCGGAACCGGAAUCAACCCAGCAAGAAGCCUUGGAGCCGCAAUUAUCUACAACAAGGACCACUCAUGGGACGACCAUUGGAUAUUCUGGGUUGGACCAUUCAUUGGAGCAGCACUAGCAGCGCUCUAUCACCAGCUGGUCAUCAGAGCAAUUCCUUUCAAGAGCAAGAGCUAA